AUCAAGUAGCCCUCAAUCACCUUCCACUUCCAUUGUACAGGACCCAAAAUCUCAUUCACCGUACCACUUAAAUCACAAAAAAAACUACUUGCAAACGGUAUUUUUCUUAGGUUGCCCUAUAUCGUGUUAUUCUGUGAUUUACCAUUGAUUCUACUACUAACAGCCUUCAGAGAAGCGAUAAAAGUUGUGCGGGAUAAACAAAGGUCGGAUUGCAAUAAUAUCUUGCUGAUUUUGUUACCAUGUAAGAGAUAUUAAUUCAUUCAGUUCCCGUUGCUUUCAGGAAUUCUCAUGGCCUUUAGAUGGUUGGGUUAGGAAGCAAGAAGUAUUGAACAAAGGACGGUUGCAGCAAAUUAGCACAUAGCAUAACAUUACAAGAAAAGAAAUCGAAGCUGGGUGGCAAUCAUUAUGGAAUUUGUGCUGCGAUUUCCGCAUCUAAAUGUUAUUCCUCGUAUGCCAUGGCUUUCUCACCCUUCGAAGACAAAGAAGAACCGAAUAUUCAAUACAAUGGAAGACGAUAACCGUCAUACCCAAUCCGCUAUGGAGCGUGCUUCUCUUCGUUACCGGGAGACUCUUCGUCCUGAUCCUGUAUUGACAGACCCAUACAUCAGAUGCCUUGUACCAACUGAUAUUCAAAUCGAUGUGGAUCUUGAUUUGCAAAAGCACUGUCUUGCAACCAAGUUCAUUGAUGAUAAAUUGCUUAGCACAAUAGACAAAAUCGAUGGGCUAAGGCAGGUUGUUUUAUUGACAGAUGGCAUGGACACUCGUCCUUACAGGAUUAAUUGGCCGCCGUCAACCAUUAUAUUUGAUGUCUCUCCAGAUAUAACAUUCCGAAGAUCGACUCAAAAUCUUCAAGAUGUAGGGGCUAAAAUUCGAAGAAGCUGCUUGUUACUUCAUGUACCAUCUGAAACAUCUGAUAUUGAACAAGUCCUAUGCAGUAAAGGGUAUAAUGGUGCCAGACCUAGUUUUUGGGUUUUCCAGGGACUUCCACUACAGACUUUGGGUAAUUUUAAAGAUAUUUUGAGACUUGUAAGUAAUUUAGCCAUGAAGGGAUCUUUGUUCGUCGGAGAACUUCCUAGUUCGUUUUUCGAAACUGACAAGAGCACGAAAAUGGAAUGGAUGGACAAGAUUUUCACGAGCCACGGUCUAAAGGUGAAGAUGAUAGAGUAUGAUGAAGUUGCUAGAAACCUUGGGAAACAAGAAUCAAUACCCCAUUGCCAAGAAAAUGUACUUUUUGUUGCCGAGCAGCUGCAGUUUUCCGAUGUUCAGAUGGAAAUAUGGAGGAGAGAGUUUGAGAGGAUUGAAGAAGGAGAUGAAGAAGGGUUUGAGGAGCUGUGAUUUUUCUCCUAACUAAGUACCACACUUGAUACUUUCAUAUUUUUGUUGUAAGCAAUUAAUAUCUACCUACUAAGAUUAUACAGUACAAAUUUCAUACUUAUUUUAUUACUG